CUGCCGCGGUCUGAGGAAUGUCAACUAUUCAACAUGGAGGCGGAGGUCGAUAAGCUGGAACUGAUGUUCCAGAAAGCUGACUCUGAUCUGGAUUACAUUCAAUACAGGCUGGAAUAUGAAAUCAAGACUAAUCCUGAUACAGCAGGCAAGAGAAAUCCAGUUACACUCUUAAAGGAAUUGUCAGCAAUAAAGUCUCGAUAUCAAACUUUGUAUGCCCGCUUUAAACCGAUUGGUAUAGAACAGAAAGAGAGUAAGAACCGCAUUUGUGCUACUGUCAAUAAGACGAUGACCAUGAUACAAGAACUACAAAAGCAAACAGAUGUGGAGCUGUCACCACUGACUAAAGAAGAGAAAACUGCAGCAGAGCAAUUAAAAUCUUUUGUUCAGACUUAUGAAGAAGUGGACUUGCAAAAGGGAAUUCUAAUGGAGAGGAGAUCCAUUCCAGAAAGAUUUAAGAAGAUGUCUUGUUAGCACUCGAUGACUAGAGGUGGGGGGAUGGAGAAGGAGAUUUGGCUUGGGUAACUGGAUAGUGAUGCCUUUCACAAGAGAAGGUCCUAUAAGAAGGGCAGAUAUUAUAUGAAUAAAGUUCAGCCAAAAACAUGGAAUGGGAAUAAAGGGAUUUAAAUGUAUGUAUGUACACACAGUCUUAUUAUUUCAGACAAGGAAGUCACAUAACACUAUUUUGCAUUUGUUUUUGUAUAAUUGGGAGAAAAUGGAUGUCCUGGCCUAUCAUAAAAGGAUAUUUAUGUACUAUUGGUCAGUAGAUAUGAAUGAGCAUGCUUUGGAAAUUAACGGAUAGAAAAAAUAUUUGUAUUAUAUUAUACAUUAUAUGUAUAUAAUUUUAUUUUUGAAAAGUUUUGAUUAUAGGUAAUGGUCACAUUAUUGGAGACUGCUAAUAUGUGACCUAAAAUCCUCCACAAAAGCUAACGUUAGUAAUAAUAAAUUGGCUUUUCUGUGACAGCC